AUAGUAACUUCCAGCGUUACAGCUUGAUUAUUUUUCUCACUCUGUAGACUGAUCUCGACCUGUUCGCUGUCAGUAAUUCAAGAGUGCGAAUGAAAACAGUUACCAUUACCGUAGUGAAAUGAUAAUGAACAGUGUUAUCGUUCUGGUGUGUAGUUUCAUAGUCGUGGCAAAAUGUCAGAGCUCGAGUGUGCUGGUCAUCGGUCCAAAGUACAUCAGACCAAGGCAUCCGUUCAACGUGGCCUUUGCCAAUUCGCUCAAUUCAAAUGUGAACCUCAAACUAACCUUGCAAUGUGACGGCGAUAAUGGAUUUGUGAAGAACGCAUCGCUACGGCUCAAUUAUCAGUCGGCAAAAUCCUUCAGUGUUGAUGUCCCAAAUAUCACCAGCGGGACUGAUUGUACCUUUUCCGCUGUCAACGACGGUGGUAGUGUAAUGGUGGACCAUAUGGCGAAUUUACUGUUGCCAGCAAAGACACUAUCUGUGUUCAUUAUCACUGAUAAACCUGUCUACAAACCAGGCGAUAUCCUCCGAUUUCGAGUGGUGGUGGUCGAUAUCGCUACAAAACCGGUAAAACAUAUGGAGAGUAUCGUGAUCGAAAUAAUAGACAGCGACGGCGCAUUUAAGAGGGAGUGGUUGCAAGCUAGGCUUCUCAACGGAGUAUUCGAAGCCGCAUAUAGGCUGCCGUCAGUUCCGGCCUUGGGCAUAUGGAAUAUUACAGCGACGGCCAAUGAUAAUGGUUUCGAAAACACGAAAGUUCAAGAUUUUGAAGUCCGAGAAUACGUCAUUCCAAAAGUUGUCCUCAAAGUAGUACCUUCACGCACUCUGCUGAUCGCUGAGAAAGAGAUCAGCUUAGACGUUAAAGCGCACUACACAUUCGGAGAGCCAGUUGAAGGGAAACUUCGAGUGGAUCUGUUCACAAAUCCAUUAUUUCGUAGAGCCACGCACAGCGUUGAAAAAUCUUUCAACACGAAUGUCCAGAUCAAGUUCAAAUUGGACAGGGAAUUGGCUUUAAGGGAUGCAAAUUUUUGUAUGGUGUCUGCCAACGUUUCGCUGACGGAAAAAUUAUCAAAUGUAACAACGGUUGUUACCUUGGAAUUUCCCGUAUUUCGACACCCGUACAAAAUCGAGCUGAUAAAUCCCGCCAUGAACUAUCGGCCUGGUGUAGGCUAUACUUGCAAACUUUCUGUCAAAGAUCAUUUUGGAAUUCCAGUGGACGCACAAGGUAAUAGCAUAACGGUCCAAUCUGAUACGGACAGUGUUACUGGACAAUUGGACCGUCAAGGAAUGGUAACUCUAACGCUUCCGAUGCCAGAUAGUGAGGAGACGGUAUUAAUAUCGGUUGUAUAUGAAAAUGUUGAAUAUAAUAAGAUUAUAGAAGUCGAAGCCUCGGAAGAUCUAUCAACACAAUACUUGCACAUUUCCACAAAAACUAGAAUUAUUGUCGGCAAUAGCAUUACGUUUACCGUCAACUCAAAUCAACAUUUCACGCAUAUGUCCUACUUUGUCACAAACUGGGGAGGCAUUCUGUUGGCCGGACAUCAGAAGUUCAGCAGGAAGAAAACUAACACGAUCAGAUUCAAACUUACAGCCGCAAUGAGUCCAUACUCUAGGCUGCUUGUCUACACCAUCAGCGGAGGCCAAUUGAUCAUGGACUAUUUCGAAUUGGAUUUCGAGUUCUUCGGUAAUGAGUUUGAGUUCAUGCUAGAUGAUGCAAACUACCGACCGGAUCAGGACAUUUACGUUGACGUCAAGGCGGAGAAGAAUUCCUAUUUGGCUUUUCAGGCAAUCGACCAAGGUGCCCUUCUACUGGGAUUUGACGAAUUUGGACUCACGAGGAAACAAGUGCAGGAAGAUUUAGCAUCGUACGUUGACGCCGAUGAAGAGAAUCGGCUCGACCUUAUUCAUUCGUUCGGUCUUUUCUUAAGAAGUGGUUUUAAUGAAACCAAAACCCAAUCGUCACGUGCCAAGCGAUUUGCUCCCGAAAGACGAGAUCGACCGUAUAGAAAUGCCAUACGUCUGAGGACUGAUUUUUCGGAAUCAUGGUUCUGGAAAAACAGCACAAUGAAGAACCAAAAAACGCAAACGUUCCAUGACGUGGUGCCAGAUUCUAUUACCUCCUGGUACGUGACCGGAUUCGCCCUGAGCCCUACCCUGGGUUUGGGACUGAUGCAUGCUCCCCGGAAGUUCACGGUUACGAAACCGUUCUACAUGGUUGCCAAUCUACCGUACUCGAUAAAGCGAGGUGAAGUAGUCCGGAUACAGAUAAUGUUAUUCAACUUCCUGAACUCGGACUUGACGACAGACGUCACACUGUUCAACAAAAACGACGAGAUCGAUUUCGUGGAUCGACUUUCGAACAACCCACAUUUUCGCACGAAGGCCAUCAUAGCACCACACAACCAGGUAAAAUCCGUUUCAUUUUUGAUAAAAGCCAAAAAGUUGGGGGAAAUCGCGAUCAAGAUCGAAGCCGUCAACCAAUUGGAGUCGGAUGGGCUUGAGCACAUGCUUCGUGUCACUCCGGAGAGUCGGUUGUAUGAGAAAACGGAGGCAAGAUUCAUUGAUCUCCCUACUAGAAAUAAAACUAACUUUCCGAUCACCUGCAACAUUCCACGGGACGCUGAUCCAGGAUCGACCAAAAUCGAAGUUUUCAUAGACCCUCCACUUAUGGGAUUUUUAGCACAAAAUACAACAGAUUCAUUGUUAAAGAUUCCCACCGGUGCUUCCAAUUUGAACCUACUGACUUUUGUUCCCAAUAUUGUCUUGUUGGAAUAUCUCAAAGAAACCGGUAAGGUUACACCUAGUAUUGAACAAGCAAGAAAUUAUGUUUCCAGUGGAUAUAAAAAUCAGUUAAAAUACAAACACUCGAACGGGGCGUUUGGUCAAUGGAACCCACCACGAGGGAAUCCAAGCGUAUUUCUGACUGCAUUGGUGGCCAAUGCUCUUGCCACGGCAUCCAAACACAUCGACAUCGAUAAAAAAAUCGUCGAGCAAGCCUACUCAUGGAUAUCUGGAAAACAGAAACCAAACGGAUGCUUCGAAGACGACGGUGAAGUUAUCUACACACCUUUACAGAACAACUCGUCAUCCUUUGCACUCACGGCGUUCAUAGUGUCUGCGAUCAUGGAAAACGAAAAUAUCGCCAGACAGUUUGCUGCAGUCGUACAGAAAGCAACAAACUGUUUAGCCGGAAACUUUGAUUCCCUUAACAACCUGCAUGAUAUUGCUUUGACAACCUACGCCCUAGCAUUGGUACGACAUGAAAAACGACAGAUCUAUCUCGAUAGACUUAUUAGAGAUUCCAUAUUCGAGAAAGGCAGUAGCACGGAACGAUAUUGGAACGAAGAGCUGAAUGUUGAAAUUGCUGCGUACGCACUUCUGAGUUACCUGCAAAUUGGUAACGUCAUUGAUACCAUGCCCAUCAUGACAUGGUUGAAUAAGCAAAGAUAUUCCACAGGAGUGUUUUCUGGAGUUCAAAGGACGUUUGUCGCACUUAAAGCACUUGGAAAAAUGGCUACGUAUCUUAACACGAGUAAAAAUGACUACAGCGUCUAUAUCUCAUAUGACAAACACAAAUCAAAAUUCGAUGUUUUAAGUACGAAAAGCCUGGAGACGUUUCAUCAUGAAUUACCUGAUAGUGUGCGUAAUGUUAAUUUUGCUGUCGAGGGCAUUGGUUUUGGUUAUUUACAAUUGACAUACCAGUAUCAUAGAAACAUUCAAAACGCCAAAGCAAGCUUCAUGCUCGAUGUAACUGUUCUCGAUAGCAGCAAUUACAAUGUUCAAGACUUGCGAGUUUGCUUAAGUUAUAAGCCGAAGGAAAAAUAUACUGUAUCCGGAGUAGCUUUGGUUGAAGUUUAUCUUCCGAGUGGGCUGAUUGUGAAGGAAUCUGCUGUUCGCGACAUCAGCCGGCAAAUACAGAGAACUGAACGUGCUUUCGACAAUACUGCCAUGUUUGUGUACUUCAACGGACUGGACACAAAUUCGGUAUGCUUCGACAUUACUGCUCACCGAAAGUUCAAGAUUGCAAUGCAUCGGCCGUCUUAUGUUGUCGUGUAUGACACCAAUGAUAUGAGUGGCUUCGCUAUAAAAUCCUACGAAGGCAAAGUCCUCCAGAUAUGCGAUAUUUGUGACGAUGAGGAUUGCAGAUCGAUGAGCUGUUAGUCAUUGGAAUAGAGCUGUGCGCUACCGCCAAUGCAUUUUGUUGAACGCUGACUGUAGGCGAUAUAUCGGAGGUGCGAUAGACAACACGCCGCCGAUUUUGACGCAAAAUUAUGAUUCAGCAAAAGAAAAAAAUAUAUACGAUUAUUUGUACAGAAAAGCUUCAAAAUAUAUGUUUAAAAGUUUAUACAU